GUGAACCCCACCAAGCGUUUACGCGGUUUGGAAGCUGACCAGCCGACAAUUGGACAUGCUUUGCUAAGGAAUCUCCGUGGCCUCGACGUGUGUGUCGUGGUAACCUUCCGUGAGAUGAAUCCCUACAAAGAACAGCCGCUGAGACGCAACGAGAUGCAGACCUUGGUUGAGGGGCCAGGCCUGUUUGGAAGCUAUGACGCCCUACAGGCCUUCAGCAAAGGAGUGUGGCUUCCAUUGCCCAAGCGAAAGAUGAACUUUGUGCCACUCAUUGUGUGCACCCUGGUGCCCUGGGGGCUCUUCGUUUUGGUCUAUAGCCUGUUGUCCUUCCAGAUCCACUACAGCCAACCCAUCUUGUGCAACAUCUCGGUCUUUGUGCUGUUGGUGAUUGUGAUCAUCAUUUUGGUCAAGGCGGUGACGGGCCGCCUCCGCAUCUUUGCUGGGGUCGCACCAGAACGGGAGCCGUCUUGGUGGAUUUUCUUUGCCUUGACUCUUCUCUUGGCAUGGAUCAUGGGCUUUCACCAGGGCGACAAGAAUUUCUCCGCCACCUCGCGAUAUUACGACCUUGGCAACUUGAACAACUACACGAUGGUGUAUCCCAACCGCAUGCUGGGACAGCAGCUUCUGGAUGCGGGCAUUGUGCAAUUUGCUCCUGGCAGCCAGUUGGAUGUGCAGAAGUCCAUGGGCUUCAAGAAUGGGAAGCUUUUUUGCGUGGCCCCAAUCGUCUUUGGAACGGCCACGCCGGUGUCCUACGACUUUUGGGCGGUAGGCACGGAUUGCUGCAGUGGCAGCCAGGCAGACUUUUCUUGUCGCAACUACAACAACCCUCAGGCGAGCGGAGGCAUCAGGUUGAUGGACAGCGCUAACCGAGCAUACUACAGGUUGGCAGUCCAACAGGCAGAAGCUACCUACAACAUCAAGGCGGCACAUCCGCUCUUCUUCUACUGGGAGGUUGAUCCAUCCAAGAAGGUGAUGAGUUGGCUCCUGGAAGGACACCAAACCUUUGCCGCGUGGAUGGUGUCGUACCUGGUCUUUCAGCUCUUCCUUGUGGCUGUGGCCGCAGUGGUCUUCUCGAAGAUUGGUCACACCUGA